AUGAGGUACGACUUGCCGACCAUGCUGCUGACGCCAACACCCGCGCCGCCGUCCCUGUUGGCCAUGGUCUUCUCCCCACCUCACGCCCCGGCCACCACCCCGCCCCGCUCCAUCAUCUCGCCGCGCCCUCCCCGCCCCAGCCACCGGAGACUCGUGUGGAGGUUCCUGCCCUCGCCCCUCGCCUCGGGCCGCCCCAAUGACUCCGACAAGCAGCACCGCACCCAACCUGUCUGGCCGCCACACGCACCUCCCACGGCCGCCUCCCUCCUCCGCCAGCCUGGCACACCAGUUCACUCGCCACCUCACCAGCUUCCUGCCGCUGUGGCUCCCGGCAUCCCCACCGACGCCCCCAACCCCCGCGGCAUCGGUAUCACCGCUGGCGUUUCCUGA